UUCUUUUGCUCUCCUUUGUUGUGAUGGAAACUAACCCGGAAUCAAAUUAAUCCUUGUACUCUUUAAUUUCCAACAUGUUUAUGCAGAGAGUGAUGAUGGGUAGAACAGCAUGGGGUGAUGAAAGUGGUUUGAAGAAGGGGCCUUGGACCCCAGAAGAGGAUAGAAUAUUGGUGGAUUACAUUCAGAAACAUGGGCAUGGGAGUUGGAGAGCACUUCCAAAACUUGCAGGAUUGAACAGGUGUGGCAAGAGUUGCAGGCUAAGGUGGACCAACUAUUUGAGGCCUGAUAUCAAAAGAGGAAAAUUCUCUGAGGAGGAAGAGCAACUCAUCAUCAAUUUACAUGCAGUUCUUGGGAAUAAGUGGUCUUCUAUAGCAGGUCAUCUGCCAGGUAGGACUGAUAAUGAAAUUAAGAAUUUUUGGAACACUCAUUUAAAGAAAAAGCUUAUGCAAAUGGGGUUAGAUCCAGUGACUCAUCGUCCAAGAUCAGAUCACCUUAAUCUUCUAUCCAAUCUCCAACAAUUGCUGGCUGCUACAAACAUUUUCAGUAAUUUCACCAACACUUGGGACAUUAAUGCUCUAAGCAUGCAAUCAGAUGCCACACAACUAGCCAAACUCCAAUUGCUUCAGAACAUACUCCAAGUCCUUGGAGCCAAUCCUACCUCAAACAUGGAAUUACUCAAUCCUUUUGGACCACCAUCUUCACUUCAAGAUGGUUUUCUAAAUGAAGUUUUAGGAUUGAAUCAAUCUAAGCUCCAAGACCUUUGUAAUGGUUUUCCUUCUCAAAAUCAGCCAAAUUUCCAAAACUUUGAAGCCCCUCCUCAUCAGCAGCAAACUCUACCAAGUGGUUUUCAACACAUGAGUGGAUGUAGAAAUAGUAGUUGCAUGAAAUCUGAAAAAGUUGAAGAACAACUUGAUGCCCCUAUUUCUUCUUCUUCUUCAACACAAUUAUUCAAUUCACUUCCAAAUCUAGUUUCAGCCUCGCCUGAAUGUUCCACUGUCAAGCAAAUGGAAAACAAGGGAAACACAAAUGAGUGUUCUGACCCUUGUAAUUCUACUUCAACCACCUUUGAAAUGUGGGGAGAUUUCAUGUAUGAGGAAGUAAGCGAGGCUUAUUGGAAAGAUCUCUUAGACCAAGAGUAAACAGAAAUCAGCAACAGUUGACAGUCUCAAGAAAAGACAACGGCACUCAAGGAUUAUCACAGUGAUGAUGGGAAUUUUUAUCACUGAUCUCUAGGAUCAACAAAUGGUGCUCAUUUAGAAAUAGUUGGUUGGUUCAUAUUUUUGAAGAUGAUUUAAAUUUUGGAUUCAAUCAUUAUAUAAUUAAAAGCUUCAUGCAACGUGGAGAUUGUGAUUUAUUUUACAGAAUAAAAUCCUCUCAUAUUCAUCCUCUUC